GCCAUAUCCUGCUUGUUCGUCAAGUCGGCGCCUGCGCAGAAGGCUGCUGCGGGGACUUGCGGAAUAAUGAGCCUCUGCGUCCGCUUGGGGGGGAUCGGAGGAGGAAGACAUGCUGCCAAAUAGUGAGCUCCAGCUGCUGGUGUUCUCCUAGGGGGGCUGGCUGCGGAGUGGGGGGCAGAGCCGGGGGCGCGAUCCCCACCUACCGCACCUGCUUGGGACAGGGCUUCUCGGGCUCCCCAGCCUGCCUCGGGACGGGGCUUCCUCCGGCGGUAGGAGUCACUCGUAGGGCCAGGAGGACAGAAAAGAUGCAGAACCACUGACUGUGUAGCAAAUGCCCGGAAAAGACUUGGGAGUUCAUUUUUAUACUAGAGAAGAACAGUGUGUUGGUGUAGGUGUUUGAGCCCAGAAGUUUUGAAAAUUGCCGUCACGUGUCGUGUUCUGCCUUACAGACCUCUGCUUUCUAGCAAGGUGAAGAUCAAUUAUAAAUUUCUUCUGCUGAGUUGUGAAAUUCUGUUCAGUCUUCAAACUGGCGAUGUCAAGGGUGCCGAGUCCUCCUCCUCCGGCAGAAAUGUCGAGUGGACCUGUAGCAGAGAGCUGGUGCUACACUCAGAUCAAGGUGGUGAAGUUUUCCUACAUGUGGACCAUAAACAACUUUAGCUUCUGCCGAGAAGAAAUGGGUGAGGUCAUCAAAAGCUCAACCUUUUCAUCUGGAGCCAAUGAUAAACUCAAAUGGUGUUUACGUGUGAACCCUAAAGGCUUGGAUGAAGAAAGUAAAGAUUAUCUAUCCCUCUAUCUGUUGCUGGUGAGCUGUCCAAAAAGUGAAGUUCGAGCAAAGUUCAAAUUCUCCAUCCUGAAUGCGAAAGGAGAAGAAACAAAAGCAAUGGAGAGCCAGCGAGCAUAUCGAUUUGUACAAGGCAAGGACUGGGGAUUCAAAAAAUUUAUUAGAAGAGACUUUCUCUUGGAUGAGGCCAAUGGACUUCUUCCAGAUGACAAACUCACUCUCUUCUGUGAGGUGAGUGUGGUACAGGACUCCGUCAAUAUCUCUGGCCAGAACACUAUGAACAUGGUGAAGGUACCAGAGUGCCGCUUGGCAGAUGAGUUGGGAGGACUCUGGGAGAAUUCGCGCUUCACAGACUGCUGUCUCUGUGUCGCAGGCCAGGAGUUCCAGGCUCACAAAGCCAUACUAGCAGCGCGUUCCCCAGUUUUCAGCGCCAUGUUUGAGCAUGAGAUGGAAGAGAGUAAAAAGAAUCGGGUUGAAAUCAAUGAUGUGGAGCCUGAAGUUUUUAAGGAAAUGAUGUGCUUUAUUUACACGGGGAAGGCACCAAAUCUUGACAAAAUGGCUGAUGACUUGCUGGCAGCUGCUGACAAGUAUGCUCUAGAACGUCUGAAGGUGAUGUGUGAGGAUGCACUGUGCAGUAACCUCUCUGUGGAAAAUGCAGCUGAGAUCCUCAUUCUGGCUGACCUACAUAGUGCUGAUCAGCUGAAAACUCAAGCAGUGGACUUCAUUAACUAUCACGCUUCUGACGUCAUGGAGACAUCAGGCUGGAAGUCUAUGGUAGUAUCGCAUCCCCAUUUGGUGGCCGAGGCAUAUCGCUCUUUGGCCUCUGCACAGUGUCCCUUUCUGGGACCCCCACGUAAGCGACUGAAGCAAUCCUAAAGUCCUGUCUGUCACACCGCCCCAUGUUUUUCUGGAAGCAGCAUCAUCUGUUGCUGCUUUAACCUUGACCACCAGGUAGACAGCGAAAUCUGUGGAGCUUUUACUCUGUUGUUGGGGGGAAGAGACUGCUUCGUGACACCCAGACUUUUCAAAACAGCACCAAGUAACUUGGGGAGAGGGGGGAGGGUGGGCCUGGGGCUCUGGGGCUGUUCAACCUAACGAAUCCCUGUCGCUGCAUCGUCUGUGUGUUCCCUUCGACUUGGCUGAGUCAAUUAAGUACAGGGUUCGGUUUAGGCACCGACCCAAGUCGGAAUAACCCAGCAGUGGUACUGGGGAAAACAACGUCUCUGCGUCUGGCAGCACAGAACAAAUCGUCAGAUGCCUGGAGCAAGAGGACAUUUUAGCUUUGGAGAGCGUUGGAGGGUUAGAAAGAAUUUCCAGCGAGGUUCUGGAAAGGAAGUACCUGAUGGGAGCUCCAGUAGUAUUUAUAUCAAAAAAGAGAAUUUAAGUCCUUCCAACUGAGCUAAAAACUGGACGUUUGUGUAACUCCUUAUUGCCAUCCAGCAACAAGAAGAUCAGUUUCUCUGUUAGUAGCACUUGUAUGUUAAUUGCAAAAAAAAAAAAAAAAAAAAGAAAAAGAAAAAAAAAAGAAGAAAAAACCCCACCUUUUAUAAAAUGACAGGUUGAAGUGAAAGGGGACAGUGAAAGGCUGUGUGUUCUGGAGGGUGUGAAUAGACUGAAGGCAGCCUUUGGCAAGUCUGUAUUGGUUCUGAGAGGACUAGAAAAUCCUUGAUCUGGAGCGUGCUGUCUGACAAGAACAAUGAUUACUGUUUUUAGAUAUUGUGGGAAGUGUUUUUGGCAUUUUUCCCUGCUUUAUUUCCCUCCUCCCCCUUUUUAAAAAAAAAAAAAAAAGAAAUUUUAUUGUUCAUGAACGCUG